AUGGGGCGGCAGCGGCGGUUCCUGGAGGUGGCAGCGGAGGGGCUGGUGGGCGCCUGCCCGGGCCAGGCGCGGUUCCUGCUGUGGACGCUCCGCAACUCCCGAGAUAAUGAACAUGGAUUAGAAAGGAUAUGUCCUUACUGCUUCCAGUUCCUGGUUCCUGAUAGCCACCGGGUGCGUCUCAAACCAAAGAUGAAAGUGACUCCACAGAUAGAGAAAGUUCUUAAACGAGAGGCGAAGAACCAUAAACUUAAUAUGAAACAGACAAAGCUUUUGAAAAAGUACAGGGAGUCAAGAAGUGUUCUGCUGGUUACUUGCAACUCAUGCAACAAAACAACAAGACAUUAUGGUAAAAGCAGGGAUUGUCUGGCUACCAAGACACAAAAUUCUGGCACUCCAAGUAUUAAAUCUAGCCUGAGGACACCAGAUGUAAAAAUUGAGUCUGCAAACAAAGUGACACCUGUAAGCUGCAGUAGGUUGGGAUCUAAAGGGAACAGUCCCUCCUCACUUCCCAGAACACGUGUAUCCGGACAGGCGACCACCAGCUCCGCUUCCAAGACUCCCCGAAGCUCCAAAUUUCACUUUUCUAAGCUAAAACGGAUGCUUAACCUAGAAGAAAAAGAGAAAAGCCAGAAGGCAGAUUUGAAAACCUUCUUGACUUUACUUUAGUUACACGUUAUUUCAAAGUAAUAAAGAUGACAGCAAUAAGUAUUGUUCCAGUUGUAGUAAAUCAACAAAGUGAUUUCUUUAAAACUCAGGCUAACAGCAUGUACCCUGUGAAAGCAUAGACCAUAUUUUUUAGAAGCAAGCUCUGCGUCUAAGGGGACUGAUUGUCUGCAAGAGGGAGAUGAGAAAAUAGCCAGUCUAGCAUGCUUGGGAAUCUUGAACACGUUUUGCAGUCUCUAAUGGCCCAAGAAUUAAAAGCCAGGAUCUGUCCUCUGAGGAAGCUGACAAUACUGGAUCCAUCAGUGGGUCCAGCAGGACCAACAGAUAGGUUGGCAGACCUGAGAGCAGUUUGGGGGUGGGGAGGCUGCAGUUUGCUCCACCUCACUCUCCCACUGUUUUUAAGAUAAUGCAUCACAACAGAAUUUAAAAGAUCUCGUCCCUGCUUUGCAUGUUUGAGUAAAACAAAGACACUCACUGGCACUUUCUGCAGGUAUGGUAUUUUCAAGGGUCUAAUGUGGUGUCCUGUAGUGUUGCUGUCUUCGGAUACCUGCGGUAAUUUAAGCACAGCUUUUAACACAGUUUUUACAAAGGUUCCAAAAUAACUUACUCUGUAAGACAGCGCUCAUAUACAAAGAGAGAGAAAACUGUAUCAUCACCAGAUUAAGUUUCUUCAUUUUCUUAAGAAUGUUCUCUGUGAUUUGGACUGCAGACGAUACUGGUCCGAGGGUAACGCAGAACCUUGUAAAACUGCGCUCUAAUGUGGGAUGUUCUCAAUGCCAACUGAUAGCUCCACGCUAGGCUGCUAUCAGCACCCUGAUUUGUUACUGCUACGAGAGUGGCACAGUCAUGAAGAAUAGGGGAUGCUUCCUUCCCAGUUGCUCUGGUGCUACCAAAAUGGGUCACUUUUGUCUCGUUCAGAAAUGACUAAGGAGACAACCUCUUUCUUAAGUGUCUGUCGGCUUUAUCGGGCUUCAGAGUUGCUUCCUUCCUGGACGUCCAUCUGGAAAACUAGGUUUGCCCUGGACAGUAGUGAACUCCUUGCACCAAAGUGUUUUGAUGUGAAUAGAUGAUUGUCAAGGUUAAAGCGGUCUCCACUGUCAGAUUUUACGUUUUCAGUUUGGCACAGAGGUGAGAAAGGAUGGUAGAAAGUCAUCAUUCAGGACCGAGUUUAUAGCCUACCCUGUGUAUAGUCUGCCGUGAUGGCGCUGCAAAUUGUGCUUCAGAUUUCCUCUCUGAAAAGAGAAUCGGUCAGUUAAAAACAUUUAAAUUCUUGGGUUUGAAGGUCUGUAUUUUCCUUUUUUUUUGUAUUCUCAUGAAUAGUUUCCUUUUAAGUGUAUUGAGACUCAGUGAACACCACUUAAGAAAUAGGACCAGCAAAUAAGUUGGCAGACUUGAAAGCAGUCCAGGGCAGGGGAGAAUGGUUUGUUGCAAAUUCUACUUACAGUCUCAAAGAUUGGCAUGUAACCUUUUUAUAUCUCAUGUACACUUGCACAAUAACUUUGAAAGGUUCACUGCCGUUUGUUUCUUACAUACGUGUAGGAUCAAAUUAACUGUCAUUCUUUGAUCAAAAUACGGACCUUGGAGCUACACCUUUUCCAAUGCAGAACUUGGCAUUAAUUCACCUGUUGUUGCUGUAUUUAUGAUCCAGCCCUCUGGAAAAAUACUUCAAUCAUCUUGUUGAUGGAAAAUGUGCAUUAUACAAAAGUAUUUGAAAAACAAGUUUUGCAAUAAAUUUUUAUAUUAAAAGAACACA